AUGAAAAAUCAUCACCAAGGCACACGUGUGUGGAACCAAUCAAACUCCAAACAGAGCAGAACACAAGUCAACAUAAUUGACAAAGUUACACACAUUUGUGAAUUAACAUUUAAGCUUUUCUGUGUCUUCUGUCUGUCAGAUUUAAAAGUUACUUUACGUGUUAAUGAUGUCGGUGAAGCUUGUGAAAUGAAGGAAUUUUUAAUUUAA